GUUUCGCUAAACCGAAACUAAAUAUCAGUCUCGCAAACACACCGCAAACGACAGUGAUGCAAAAACUAACAACAGCUUUCAGCCUUGCCGCACUGGCCGUGCUGGUUUGUUGCAUUGAAUUGCUGCAAGCGGCACCAGCAUCUGCGCCACCAGCCGAUGUCCCCAGUAAUCCUGUGUACUUCAAGCGCUAUCAUCGCAUUCGCCCCUCAAAGCGUUAUCCCCACCUCGAUGUGUUCGAGGUCAGAGAGCUUUACUAUGUGCGACGCGCGACGCCAAAGCCAAAGCCUCCGCCGCUGACCAGCGAGCAGCUGGAUCAACUCAUUCGCUGUGACUUUGAUCCAACAUUGCCCGAAUGUGCACACUUAUCGACAUCGACCAGCAAGCCAUUGACCACAUCAACUACAACAACCACAAGCACAACCACGACAACAACAACACCAGCUCCAACAACAAGCACAACAACAACAGAGAGAGAAAUCAUUGAGGAUAUACCAAUUCUGCCAGUUCUGCCAGUGGAACCGGAAGAAGAGAACACGGAGACUGAGACAAUCAUACCCGAGGAGGAAGAAGAGAUUCCAAUGGAGCCCGAUGAUGAGACCGAUGAUGAUCAGGAUUACGAUAUCGAAAACAUUGAUAAUGCCAACGACGAUGACACUGCGUCAGCUGAGAAAUUGUUUACAAAUAACGGUAGCAUUGGCGGAAACGAUGUGACCGAAUUUAAUUCUAAUGAACUUAAGAAAUCACUCUAAAGCUUUUGAAAUGUCAAUUCAAAUUAUUUCAAAUAAUAAUGAAACCUGUGUGUCGUUUCGUAUCUUACAACAAA